AUGUUGGCAGUAGGGUUCUUGUUCUUCCUGAGUGUCCUGGGUAUUCAUGGACACGACCGAGCUCUGGACUUCAUGUACAUAGAUUAUGGAGAUUAUGAAAGCACCAACAGCCGUAGCCCUUAUUUUGAUUUAACCGACUGGUUGUUUGACCUCCUGGACGAGACCAUGAGAAAUGUUUGCGAGAAUGUCGCGUGUGGCCGUGGUGACUGCGUCGUCAACCUAAACAAACACCCAUAUUAUGAGUGCAAGUGCAGACCUCCCUACCAAGGCCCCGACUGCAAGUCAUUGCCAUCGUCACCCUGUGAACCCAGUCCUUGUCAGAAUGGAGGCUCCUGCAUAAAAGGAAACCGCCGCUUCCGUUGUGUUUGUCCUGACGGAUAUACUGGGAAGUUCUGUGAAGCUGCUCCCAACGACUGCUAUGUGGGAAAUGGAGAGACAUACAGGGGUGUUGUCAGUAUGACAGAGGAUGGCCAGGAGUGUCUGGACUGGCACUCCUAUUUCAUUUUGGCAAAUGGGGAGGAUCCUUUCACCACAUACUCAGACUUUACAGGACUGGAAAAAAACAACCACUGCAGGAACCCAGAUGGGGAUGACAAGCCUUGGUGUUUUGUAAAAAAUGAUGGCAAACUGCGAUGGGACUACUGCAAUGUCAAGAAGUGCUCUGAAGGCCCCACCACUCGACCACCAGUCGUCACUCCGGUACCAGGCUCUGCCCAGUUCUCCCAGUGCGGCUUACCCCAGCCCACCCGCUCUGGCAGGAUUUUUGGGGGUAGCAAGUCUGUCCCCGGCGCCCACCCCUGGCAGGUGUCUCUGCAGGCCAGACCUAGAAGCUCAUUUUUUCAAUUUCAGCACAAAUGUGGUGGGAUUCUCAUCGCAUCCUGCUGGGUCCUCACUGCUGCCCACUGCAUUGGAGCCAAUGAGGAAUUGCAAGUGGUGUUGGGGGGUGUGAACAUAGACAAACAGGAGGAGAUGGACCAGACCAUCCCAGUGAUACAAACGAUAGUUCAUGAGAACUACAGGAGCACUCCCUACGCUCUUUACAACGACAUUGCUCUGCUUAAGCUCAAAGUUACGGACAGCCCAUACUGUGCCAAGGAAACCCGCUUUGUGAAGACAGUGUGUCUACCAGAUCAGACCUUCCCAGCUGGAAAACAGUGUGUGAUCUCUGGAUGGGGAGCCACUGAAACCCAGAGGUACAGCAACCAGCUGCUGAAUGCUCAAGUUUUACUGAUCUCCGACGAGCGAUGCAAGGCUCCUCACGUCUAUGGAAGUGUGCUGGACAGCAGCAUGUUCUGUGCAGGGACUUUGCAGGGUGGUGUCGACUCCUGUCAGGGCGACUCGGGUGGACCCUUGGUGUGUGAGCAAAAUGGAAAGCACUAUAUCACCGGUGUGGUGAGCUGGGGCAGCGGCUGUGGUCAGAGGAACAAGCCUGGCGUCUACGCCAACGUCCGGCCAUUUACCAGCUGGAUUAAAAGCAAGAUCAACUGAAGUGAAUUUAG